ACAAUCAUUGUGACAAAAUUAACAAAAAACAAAAACAACAACAGAACAGCUCGGAAGGACAGCAGACCAAAUUUUCGAAAAACUUAUUAAUAAAAUGGAUUUAGUGCCAGAAAACUCCUCCUUCACAUGUGUAAAUUAAGUUGUCCGUAUGUCCAAGUAGCCUUAGCUGCUUGAUGCGGUGGUCCUCGUGCGGGUUCCGUGGUAUAGAAUCCUUUAUGAAGAUUAUGUUGGAGAGAUAACUGUCUCUCUUAUCACUGGCCUUGUGGUACAGUGGUAUAGAAUUAAUAGUUCAAAGUGUUUACGGCUGGUUGCCGGAGCAAGGUUUAUUAACAAGCGUUAGCUUUCGUUAUAAGAACAGAACUAAAACUAGGAGCCACCAGCAAGCUGGGGCAUAAGCUGAAUCAAAAGUAUUUAAUUGCCAAAGAAUGCAAAGCUACAAAAUAUAUGUACCUAGAGCUACAAAGCUACAGUCGGUAAGCCGACUUGGCAUAAGCGAUAAUGCUGAUCUUGCGGCAUGUGCAAGAUAUCAGAUUACCGCCGGUUGACCGUCACAUUCAGGGCGCUGAACUGAAGUUCGCUGAUUUGGCAUCUUGAGUGCAAACAACAUGGAGCAGAGCACAUUGGACAACGACAAUCCUGAUGAGUACUUUUCGGAUAUUAUUGAGAUGGACCUGGACGGAUCUUGUAGCUCCAGCACCUUGUCUGGGCGACCGCCAAAGAAAAAGAAAAAGACCGACAUUUCGUGGCUGGCAGAGAUCGCCCAGGAGCGUCUCGAACAACAAAAGGACCACCACAGAAAGAAGGAGGAGCACGACGUUAGGCAGGAGAAGAUGGUGCAGGACUUGAUCAGCACCCAAACAAAAUUCCAGAACGACUUAUUAGAAGUUUUAAAAAAUAAAAAUAAAUAAGUUUUUAAUUUUCA